AUGGUGGAAACCGAAAACAGCAGCAACAGCAACCUGACAAACUGCGCCAAGGGCUACCACUUUGUGCGUUUCAGCUACACCUGUGAGGACACGAAUGAGUGUCGCAUUGGGCAGCACGACUGUGACCUGUCACGGGAGCGGUGCAUCAACUUCCCCGGAACGUACCGGUGUGUUCCGCUGGUGCUGGGGGAGGGAAAAGGCAGUGGCGGUGGUGACAGUGGUGAUGCUGGAACAGGAGCAGAAGAGAAUGACAAGCAGAGUUCUGCACGGCUGAGCAGUUUGCGAUUCACCCAAAAGCUAUGCCCAAGUGGCUAUGAACGAAAUGAAGAGUUGAACAUCUGUGAGGACAGUGACGAGUGCAAUAGUGGUUUGCUGCCUCCCUGUUCAGAGAACGCCUACUGCCAGAACACCAUUGGCAGCUAUGUCUGCCACUGUAAGACUGGCUUCAUCAAACCCGCCAAUGAUUCUCACUUCUGUGAAGACGUCAACGAGUGCACCGGCGGACUGCACAACUGCUUUGGAACACUGAAGUGCGUCAACACUGUCGGCUCAUUUGAGUGCCUGCCUCGGCAACCCGAUUUUGUCAGCAGCAGCUCAACUCUCAAUGAACGUUCUCAAAUAGGCCUUUAUUCUGAGGAAAAGUGUGACAGAGGACAAAUCUAUGAUUCAACCAAAAAGACAUGUGUGGGAAAAUCUGGUGGUGGCGAAUUCGAGCUGGGAGGCGACCAGACAGGUAAAUCACGGCAAGUGCGCUGCGAGUCAGGCGAGCGCAUCAUCGACGGCGAGUGUCGAACGGUAAGCUGCAGCACCGGUUUCUUCUACAACUCCACCGAGCGACGGUGCCAGGACCUGAACGAGUGCCUGCAGUACUCGCCCUGCUCCUCCGCGGAGAAGUGCACCAACACCAUUGGCAGCUACCGGUGCUCCAUUCGCUGCACCGCCGGCUACCAGAAGGUCAACUUUGGGCAGUCCUGCGAGGACGUGGACGAGUGCGCCCUGGGCACCUACCGCUGUCCGGCCGGGCAGGUGUGCAAGAACCGACCAGGCGGCUACACCUGCCAGUGUCCACCCGGCUACCUCGGAUCGGCUGACCAGGGCGGAAGUGGACAGUGCGAGGACGUGGACGAGUGCAUCAGCUCGGAUGGUCAGGAGUGCGCCUGCAAGUCGGGCUUCCAGCUGGCCGCCGACGGCUUUACCUGUGUGGACAUCAACGAGUGUGAGACGCUGGGCAAGCCGAAAAGCAGUGAUUCUAAGGAAUCGAACAAUCGAACAGCAUUAUCCGGCGAUGCGCAGGUGUGCUACCACAAGUGCAUCAACCAGCCUGGCUCCUUUCAGUGCACCUGUCCACCCGGCUACGAGUCACUGUCGGAGGGUCGCAUCUGCAAGGACAUUGACGAGUGCGAGAGCGGGGAGCUGUGCCGCGGGCAGAAUGAGUACUGCCUCAAUGUGCACGGCAGCUAUCGGUGCAAUGUCAUCAACUGUCCGGAUGACUACUACCUCGACGCUAGAUCGAAAAAGUGCAUUCGACACGCUCCAAAGAAUCCCUCGGAGAACUACGACAUCAACCUUCCACUUUCCUAUUCUUACAACUACCUGGGCAUAGUCUCCAAUGUCCGCAUACCAAGCAGUGGUCAUCUGGAUUUGCUGGCCAUGAGUGGUCCUGUCUUCUCAAUCACUGCAAUUAA